AUGCAAACCUUCCUCCUUAUAGUCGCUGCCAUCCAAGUAGCUGUGGUAUCUUCAGCAGUCACCUCGUUUCUCUCAACGAAUUCUACGCGCUUGGAUGGCUGUUCCAAGGUCGACAGCAGUCUAAUCUGGGUAGGCAUAAAGGCUGUAGAACUGGCAACCGUCUCCUGCGCCUCCACCGAGAAGAGAGCGUUGACAGAGAGAUGCCCUAUUACCAGUGCGUGUGAAAAGCGUUGUACCACCAGCUGUAAUCAUGUUGCAGGCGUUCUUUCUCCCAUCGGAGAAGAUUGUGCGACUAUCGUGGAUGCCAUCAAUAUUUUCUCCACCAAUGCGCCAAACAACUUCACUGUGAAAGCCGACCACACGUUGACGCUCACGUACGAAAGCUGCAACUACUUUUUCGCUAACUCUGGGACUGGAGACGUGGAAUACUGUUGGUCUGACUUUGCUUAUUCGAGCGUGUUGGCCGGUAAGGCGUGUUUCCCACCCGUGCAGCCUUUCUCCUCGGAGGGUCUUUGUACGGGCUUGGAUGGAACGUGGGCUGCUGGGGCAUCACAUUCCUAA